AUGCUGGCUGGCUCUGCCGCCCUGAUCACCGCUUCCGCAAAGCCCACUGCCAAGGCCCCCAUCUCUGCUGCUGCUGCCGCCGCUGCUCCCACUACUGCCGCCGCCCCGACUCAAAAUGCUAGCUCUGGGGCAAAUGUUGGCGCCUGGGCUCAGUGCGGUGAUGCUGGCCAUACCGGCGCCACGGCUUGUGUCUCCGGCUUCAAGGGUGUCAAGACCAAUGAGUGGUACUCUUAG